AUGUCCCUCUCGGUGCUGAUGCUCGGGGUGCUGAUGCUGCAGCCCGUCUCCUCUCAGAACGCCGGCUUUGUGAAAUCCCCUCUUUCCGAGACUAAACUCACAGGCGACGUCUUUGAGCUGUACUGUGACGUGGUGGGAAACCCCACCCCAGAGAUCCAGUGGUGGUACUCUGAGAUCAACCGAGCCGAUUCUUUCAGGCAACUGUGGGACGGCGCCCGUAAGCGUCGGGUGUCCAUCAGCACGGCCUACGGCACCAACGCCGUGAGCGUGCUGGCCGUCUCUCGUCUCACGCUGGACGACGCCGGGACCUACGAGUGCAGAGCCAGCAAUGACCCACGACGUAACGACCUGCAUCAGAAUCCAGCCACCACCUGGAUCCGUGCUCAGGCCACUAUAACGGUGCUGCAGAAGCCAUCAAUCACCGCCUCCGACCACAUCACACUUCCAGUGGAAGGCGACGCUUUCACGCUGCAGUGCAACCUGACCAGCGCCUACAAUGACCCCCAGGAGAGCUUCUGGAUGAAGGAUGGCGAGGAGAUCCCGGAAACACGCAGUCUGAAUAAGAACACCGAGUACAGGCUGAGGAAACCAAGGGGAGACGACGCUGGAGUGUACACGUGUGUCUACACCUUUGAGGCGGCUCCGUCAGGCAACGCCUCCAUUGAAGUUAAAUCUGCUCCUGAUAUUACAGGCCACAAGCGCAGUGAGAAUAAGAAUGAGGGCCAGCUUGCUGUGCUCUACUGCAAGUCUCAGGGCUACCCUCACCCUGUCUGGACCUGGAAGAAGUUUGAGAACGGCGUUUUAAGGGAAAUCGACAACUCAUCCGGACGCUUCUUCAUCAACAGCAGAGACAAUUACACGGAGCUCAACAUUAUCAACCUGGACAUUACUCUAGAUCCAGGCGAGUACCACUGCAACGCCACCAACAAUAUCAGCAGCAGCGGCGAGAAGUCUGUGCUGAGGGUCCGCAGCCACUUGGCCCCCUUAUGGCCUCUCCUGGGAGUUUUGGCAGAGAUCAUCAUCCUGGUCGUCAUCAUCGUUGUUUAUGAGAAGCGCAAGAAGCCCGAGGAUAUGCAAGACGAUGAUGACCCAGCUGGACCAGUGAAAACCAAUUCCACCAACAACCACAAAGACAAGAACGUCCGCCAGAGGAAUACGAACUGA